AGUAUUCAUUUUUGCCGCUCAGAUAAAUGUGUUGACACCGGAUAACCCUCUCUACUUACCACUAGUGAUCGUUGGCUCGUUUUUCCGGAUUGAGUGCCUCAUUUACGCGUUAUUGUUGAUGAUCGCAAUUGCGAUCGAACGGGGAUUUGCUACUGUGUAUGUACGUGACUACGAACGUUUCCAACAAAAACAUCACUCAAUUUGUUUGGUGAUUUUAGGAAAAGUCAUUUCGACGAUUCUGGCCAUUGUUUGCAUGAUUGUUGACAUAAGCGGGGAAUUAAUGACGCUUUUUGCCUUGAUUCCUUGCAUCAUUGCGGCUGUGAUUUUCAUCUUGACCGCAUUAUGGAAUUGGUAUUAUUUGCGAAAAAUUGGCAACGAUUUACAUUACGGGGAGUACUCAUUGAGUUUGCGAUUUCAGUUGGAGGAGAAUUGGCGGGUGUUAAAGUUAUUGGCGCUGAGCUCUCUGAACUCGAUGAUGAUGUUGAUCGGUGGGAUGGCGAUUUAUGGUAUCUCGUUGACAGUGCUAUCAGGGAAUGUGGAAUUGUUGCAAAAUACUGUGCUCGCUCUACUUGAUAUGCUAGUGGCUGUCUUUAUCAACUCGUUGGCUUUCAUCUUUCUGUGGGCUUUUCCGCACUUUCGGAAUCAAUUCCAGCGAUGGUUCUUUUGUCGGAGAAAAGUCGACACUGAAACGAUUCAUGAUGUAAACAUUCGACAAAUCGUUUCAAGCGAGAUGAGUGCCGCCGAAAGCGAAAAGAAGUCGAUGGACGAGCAAACGACGGCUCAAAAGGAACCCGUUGAUCAAACAAGCGACGUAACUAGCAAUGAGCCGCCUAAAGAAAAUGGCAUCGAAAAACCAAUCGUCAACGAAGCGUUGCCUCAACUUGCCGAAGUCGAUGAUAGAAAGCUACCAAAAGACGAGCUUCUCUUCACCGACAGUCACAAUACUCAAUCUCAGCUGAUCACCGACGUUGGAUUGAGCCAAGCCGACGAGCUGCUGAAUUCGUCAAUUCUCACUUCAACCGAUGAUCUUUCCACCGACUACUUGGUUGAGAAGACCGCUCCAGCGCCUGUGGCCUCUAAUUCACAAGAUAUUGGUAUUGGCCCUCCAACAAGCGUCACUGUAUCGAAUCUCGAACUGGUCGACGAGGCGGUCAGCGAAGAAUUGGUGGAUGGAAGUCAAGAUGUGAAGCAAGAUAACGUGGCUGCCUCGGAAGUGAAGAGUCAAGAGGACGAAGUGAUGGAGUGCGACGCGCCGGUCAAAGAGAAGCCGCAAGUGAUCACGCUCGAUGACUGUGACAAUGUGGCAAUGAAAGACGACACAAAAGAGAACAAGACGAAGAAGUUGGAGAACACUCAAGUGCGCGAUUACAAAGUUGUUGGCUUCACUCCAUUGGACAACUUUGGAAUCCCAAUUCAACAGGAUCAUUUCGACAAAUUUGGCUUGAACACAAAAGUAUGCGUCAUGUACAAGAAGCACUUUGAGAGAUGCUUCGCGAUGGACCCACGACGAAGAAACGCUGUGAUUGUGAACUUGGAGCGAAUGCGGAAUUUCGUGAACAUGAUGGACGAGGAAAGAAUGAAGAAAUAUGUCUAUGAUGCCAAGCUCAAGACAUGGAUGAGUGGGAAGCUGGAGACCGCCGACAAAAGAGUGCUUCCAGUAAACUUGCCAGGACAUCAUGUUCCCGGUUACCUCAAAGAUGGCAUCGCCGAAAAUGUUAAGGAGACUGUUCACGUUCAAAAGCAAGAGAAAGCACGGCAACUGAUGGAAAAAGUGGGAACUACUGAGAGCGAUCCCAGCCAGAUUCGAGCCCCGUUUCUCAACAAAAAGUUGCGUGGUGGUUCAAUGGGUGAUUCACGACCGCCCAGACAACAACGAGAAGGAAAAUCGACCCUUACUUUGGGCGGCACUGGUGUAUACAACCCGAAGCCUACACGUGGACCAAGCUUUGCUCCGAUUGUUUUCUCGCCGACGACGCUAGCAGCAGAGGUGACCGCUUCUUCAGCUUCCGGAACGCUUCAACAGCCAAACGAUGAGGGCAACGAGGCAAUCGCUAUCGACAACUCAGUGGUAACGCCCGUGAAGUCGGAUCAGAAGAAAAAUGACGGCAACAGGCACAAACACAAAGAGAAGAGAACUGAGAGCUUUCCGCAGAAACCCAAAGGAGAUGAUCGUAACAGGCACGGACGUGGACCGCAGCACAGCGACAGACGUGGUCGAGUAGCAAAUGGUCCAAGAAGGGAUCGUGCCAAUAAUCGAAGACCGGAGCCAUCCAACAAUAGAAAGCGCGUUCGCUCUCCACCACGACGUGGGGACAAUGUCUUUACCAAUGAAAAACGCGUUCGUGUCUGGGACAAUCAGGGAUCCAGAUCUGCUUAUUCGGUUGAGCCAUUGCCAUUCGCUAGGAGCCUUUUCCAGGUGCCUUAUCAUCCUCCUUCUCUGAUGGGCGCCGAUUCGUAUGCUAGUUCAAGACGCGCGUACCCGGAUUUCUCAACGGUAGCACAAUCACCGGCACCUCCAUUCGGCACCGCACAAUCUGGUUUCCCGGUCUACUCGGAGAGCCCCUACGGAUCGUCGGCUCGAAACGACAAAUAUGGACAAUCGGCGUCUUUUGGAGGUGCGCAAGCGUAUCAACAGACGCCGCCGAGUGGUUUUGUAAACGAUAGGGAUACACUUUCCGAGAUUCGACGCAUCGAGCGCGAGUUAGCCACGAUUCGUCAACAUCAACACUACGGCAAUACGGGCAGUUCAUCGGCUUCCACUCGCUCGAGUGCUCUCCCAGUCUCACCACCAAAGAGUUUCACUAUGUAUGGCAGCUCGAACUCCGCCUUCGGUGGUUCUGCAUCCUACAACUAUUCGGGAUCAUCAGAUAAGCAGCCACCAAAAAGGUUUUCUAAUGCCUUCGGAUAC